AUGGCCAAACAAUUCAGUAGCACUGCUUGGGCGCUUAAGGCUGACAAGAAAAAGAAAGCAGCCGACGUUGAAGAGAUCGACCCAAAGGCCAUGAUUAAAGACCUCGAAGCCAGAUUCGACUCGACGCUCGCCAAAUACAACAAGAAAGUGACAGAGGUCAAGAUGGGCAAGGCCAAUCCGCAGAUCUUCAACAAACUGAAGGUCAAGACCGAGCACGGUAUGUCCUUGUUCACAGAUAUAGCCCAGACCAGUCUCAAGGGUAAGUUUCUCACCAUUACGGUUUUUGACCCGAAAAAUUCCAAACGGAUCAUCAGUGCUAUUCUGGCGUCCGACAUGAACAUGAACGCCGUGGAAGACCCGAAGAAUCCACAGUUGUUGAAGGUUGCACUCCCGUCCAGCACCAAAGAGCUGAAAGAGAAGCAGGCCAAGGAACUCAAGGAAAGCUUCAACUUUUACAAGAGCAGUUCGAGUUUAAAGGACUCGUUCUCGUCGAUUCGCUCACACGCUUUGAAAGAGCUGAAGAAGGCCCGCGGAUCGGCUGAGCUGAUCCGCAAACUCCAAAACGACAUCGAGAAAACCCAUAAGACAUACACAGAGAAACUCACCAAUGCUCACAAGCAGGCUGAAAAGACACUUAAAUAG